UUUUCAUGUAUUUCUCCAUUUUCCCCCAAAAGCAUAAUAACAUAACUUCGGGUUUCUCGUUAAACUUUUCCCCAAUUCCUGUAAUUUCUCCGCGAAGGAAGAUCCAUUAGCUAUCAUCAAUGGCGGAUCGGACCAACAAUAGCAGUAACAGCAAUCCAGCGGCUGCCGUGGCCAAGCCGAUAUGGAUGAAGCAAGCCGAGGAAGCCAAGCUGAAGAAUGAAGCCGAGAAAGCCGCCGCCGCCAAAGCUGCUUUUGAGGCCACCUUCAACAAAAAUUCCCAACAAUCUGAACAUCCACAAUAUCCUUCCGCCGCGACGUCGUCUGAUUCAGAUUCUGAGGAAAUAUCUCGGGAUAGUAACCGGUCGGCAGGGCCAGUGGACCCUGCAAAGUGCACGGCACAAGGGGCGGGUAUUGCGGGCGGGACUGCUUGCGCGGGGGCCACUUUUAUCGUCGUGACUAAGGAUACGGAGGGAAGAAAGGUGAUGCGGGGCGGGGCACAGGUGAAGGUGCGGGUUGUGCCAGGGGUCGGGGUCGGGGGAUCGGAGCAGGAUGGGGUUGUGAAGGAUAUGGAUGAUGGGACUUAUACUGCCACUUAUGUGGUGUCGAAGAGAGGGAAUUACAUGGUGAAUGUGGAGUGCAAUGGGAAGCCUAUUAUGGGCAGCCCUUUUCCUGUCUUCUUCAGCUCAGGAACUCCGACUGGAGGGCUUCUUGGCAUGGCUCCAGCAGCUUCAUUUUCGAAUUUAGUUAAUCAAACCAUGCCGAACAUGCCAAAUUAUUUGGGUUCUGUGUCUGGUGCGUUUCCUGGGUUGCUUGGAAUGAUUCCAGGUGUUGUUUCUGGAGCUUCAGGUGGUGCUGUUUUGCCUGGAAUUGGAGCUUCUCUAGGGGAAGUUUGUCGCGAGUAUCUUAAUGGACAGUGUGCGAAAACUGAUUGUAAGCUCAAUCACCCCCCUCACAAUCUGCUGAUGACUGCUUUAGCUGCCACCACCACGAUGGGAACUCUCAGCCAAGUGCCCAUGGCACCUUCUGCUGCUGCAAUGGCUGCUGCUCAGGCAAUUGUUGCUGCUCAAACUCUUCAAGCCCAUGCUACUCAAGCUCAGGCACAGGCUCAAGCUCAGUCCACCAAAAGCUCUUCUGGGUCAUCUGACAAGGAAAAGGCUGACUCCCUGAAAAAUACUGUGCAAGUUAGCAAUCUCAGUCCACUUCUAACAGCGGAUCAGUUAAAACAACUCUUUGCUUUUACUGGCACAGUUGUUGAUUGUAUUAUCACUGAUUCAAAACAUUUUGCUUACAUAGAAUACUCAAAACCUGAAGAAGCAACUGCUGCUUUGGCAUUGAACAAUAUGGAAGUUGGGGGUCGUCCAUUAAAUGUUGAAAUAGCAAAAUCGCUCCCUCCAAAGCCUGUUUUAAAUUCACAAUCAUCUUUGCCGACGGUGAUGCAGCAAGCUGUCGCCAUGCAACAGAUGCAAUUUCAGCAGGCAUUGUUAAUGCAACAGACAUUGACUGCUCAGCAGGCAGCUAAUCGAGCAGCAACAAUGAAGUCUGCAACAGAUUUAGCUGCAGCUAGGGCUGCAGAAAUAAGUAAGAAGCUGCAACCUGAUGGAAUUGUCGCUGAGGACAAGGAAUCGGAUCGAAAUUCUAGGUCACCGUCUGCUGACCAUGCCAGGUCAAGGUCCAAGUCAAGAUCUCCCGUCGGUUAUCGUAGGAGGCGUAGGUCACGCUCUUUCUCACCACCACCUCGCCGAGCCAGAGAUUAUAGAUCCAGAUCACCAGUAAGAUCUCACCAUUACUCUAGCUAUGAAAAAGAUUGGAGAUCCUACAGGGAUGGUAGGGAUGGCAGUGAUAGCAGCAGGUGGCACAAAUCAGGUAGAUCGCAUGACCGCCACUCUCCUGGUUCCAGGAGAAAUAGGAGUAGGAGUGUGAGCCCUCGAACUAAGAAGUCAUAUCGAGAUGAUUCAGACUCACCUCCACGCCGUCGAGAAAGUCCAACGGAGAGGACAAGGAAAUCAGUUUAUGCUGAUUCAAGAUCCCCUCGACAUCACCGGAGAAGGUCGCCAUCCCGAAAAGAUGAUGUAAGCAGACCAAAACAUAGAACACGCUCUAGGUCAAGGUCUGUUGAAGUUAAGCAUCAGUCUAAAGAUAAGAUAGAUGAUAACAGAGACGAAAGUUCCAAGCAUCAGGCUAGGAGGCGCCACAGGUCAGCGUCGACAGAGGAUCAGAGUCACGGACGAGGUAAAUUGUCUGGAAGAGCUUCAGAUGAAAGCAAAUUGAAAAAACACAGAAGACGUUCCAGAUCCAGAUCUGCGGAGAAUAAAUAUAGCUCUACUCAUAAAUUGGAUAGGAGGAGAGAAGAGAAAUUGAGACACCAUGAAAGAAGGCGGUCCAGGUCAAGGUCCACAGAAGGAAAGCGACAUAAAGCCAGUAAGACAUCUCCAAAACGGACCGAAGAUCACAAAUCCAAACACCGAAAGCGCUCUAGGUCAAAAUCUGUAGAAAAUAAUUAUAAUAUCAAUUAUGUCGGUGUUGGGGUAAGUAAAGGUGAAGAUCUAGGCGAGACACCCAUGAAAUCUGAAAAUGCCUAUGUGGAAAGUGAUACAGGCUUGAAGAAUUCCAUGACUGUGAAGGUUGAUGAGGAUGGAAGUUAUGGAGGUCUUCAAAAGAAUUCCAAAGAGAUUGACAGUGAUUUCGAGAGAACUGAUGCCUCAGUGAUGGAAUGAAGUUGCAUUGAAGAAAUAUAUGCGUCGGUGCUUCUUCUUGAGGUCUAUGGUUUAGGAUGGUCAAUUUGUGAACCCAGUUUGUGGAAGAAAACCAUCUCAUAAGAGACUGCUCGUUCUCUUUUGGCAAUCAAGAUGGUUAGAUGGUUUGUUACUGUUCAAAUGAUAAUGGCAUUCUUGUAUUUGUUUCUUUUGCAGGUCUUAUGGGUGGCGAAGUUUGAAGCUGUAGUUGCAUAUUAAAACCUCCAACCUCAGAUCCAACUGUGCCUGUUUUUUUAACGAGCUUGAUGUAUGCUGGAUUAAAACCUCUCUAUCAGUAGGUAGUUUUUUUUUCUUAUUUGUCAGUCUACUUAAGAACUUAUAUGACUGCUUGUUCUGUUAUUGUGUGAUUCCUAAUUCUGUUUGGGAUUCCCCCUUCCCCCUUAAGCUGGAUGAUGUUGACUUGAGAUCAUGUAUCAUCUCUUAACAUUUUUCAUACUUUUCUUUCCUCCUUUUUUGGCUAUUCCCCGAAUAACCUAAACUUUGAAGGAAGAAGAUUAUGCAAGCAUAACUGACACAAAACCUGUUCUAAGUUAAUUGGGAUGAAUUUAUUCCCUUGAGUCAGAUAGGUUUUGUUAUGGCUCACACCCCUCACUUAUGACCUAAUGGAUGAUUACUUCUGGGAUUGAUGGUUUAUCCGACAUGGUUAACAUGGUUCCAAUUCCAAUUUUCAUUUAACGGUUUUGGUGGGCCUGUUACAUUCCAUGAAGAUGCAGGCAUUGAGGCUGAUCUCUAAUGGCGGUUAAUCAGAUGAAUUUGCUGGGUCAAAUUUUUACUGAUGGUACAUAAAAGUUGUUUGGUUUAGGCAAGUCUCUUUAGAGCUGACUGGAGCCCGAUGUCCCCAGACGGUUUAGCAUCGUUUUUCCUCAUUGUUGAGUGUGAGCAGAUUGGCUAACUUACUGUUCUUAAUUUCUCAGUCAAAGUAAUUUGUUUUCAUACACAGGGGAGAUAUUUUCAUAAUUCUGCUCCCUGUGGGGGUAGUUCAGAGCUACAGAUCCAAGUGAAUCGGGGAAUGCUGUUGAAUGAAGAAUCAUGUUCACUUGGAGAUGACAAGUGAAUCGGGGAUUAUGAUUAUAGAGACCUAUUAAUUAAAGACCGAAAGGGUUUACUGACAGCACCAUAAUAUCUAUAAUUUUGCUCGUCACUAGUGUAGAUUAUGUCAGAGUGUAAUUUCGUUGAAAGUAUGCAAAAUCUGGAAUAAUUGCUUCGAAUUUAUUCGAGUUGUUCUGACUUUUGUGUUAGACAGAAGUGUGGUUUUCCUAGUGAAAUGGACUGCUUUGUUUGAGGAAAUGUAUAGCUCAGUCUUCAAUUUUGCUUUGUGUGGACUACUGAUAUUUAUGCAUUUGGACAAUUAAGUAAUAAUUCUGUUU